AAAACAGGUUGUACAUUUCCAUAAUUUAAGAGCUGUUCUACUAACUUUCUGUUAACCUGAACAAACUAGAUUAGUCUCACAGGGUCGAAUAUAUUUCCAUUGAUUACAAAAUGUUGACUUUUGAUAAGGCCUGGCAGUUUCAAAUGAGUCACUAAAAAAAGGCACACUAUUAGUCGCAUAGGAGUACCAGAUAUCGUUGGUCUGCAGUAACCCGACGCACGCACGUACCGAACAUAACCCAAUGUUUAAAUUUCAAGUGCGGAAGCAGUGGACUUUAACGACUUGUGGGURAUAGCUUAGUGAGAGCAGAACUGCAGCCAAGAGAACGAGAAUCCCGUGAACUAUGGCAAGCGCAAAUAACACGAGUUACACCAAUUACAGCAGCGGUGAACAGCAUACUAGGCAAUGCGUUGACGAGGAAAGCAAAUUAGGGGUAAUGACAGUUAAAUCAUUGGCUUAUUGUAUAGUAAUUAUUCUUUCCCUCAUCGGGAACGGCCUUGUUAUUCGUAUCUUCUACAAGAACCGCUCUGUCUUGACAACUACUAACUGUUUUAUCGUCAACAUGGCUGCAUCUGAUAUUAUGCUACCAGUUUUUGUCAUUCCACGACAUGUCCUCGCUGUCUUUGAGGAAGGACCUUACGGGCUACACGCUUGGCAUGUUAAUGGUAUUAUUGGGGAAUUACUGUGCAAGCUAAUUCCUUUUAUUGGUGAUGUCUCGAACUCUGUGUCUAUCUUCACACUUGUUUUGAUUUCUUGCGAUCGAUACUUUGCCAUCGUUUGGCCCCUUUCCUACAAGCUCCACAUUACGACAAAGAAGUGUACCGUCUUGAUUGCUGCAACGUGGACGAUUGCUUUUAUCGUCCACGCUCCGUACUUCUAUAGUUUCAAACUUUACCACGGCUUCAAGGAUAAGACAUUGUGCGUUUCAUUUUGGAGUUCAGUGGAUAAGCUCGAUGAUGACACACACGUACAAAAAAGCCUCCAAUCUCAAAAGACUUACUUCUUAUUUCUACUAGUUGUGGUGUACGUACUUCCACUGACAAUCAUUACUAUUAUGUAUUCUUCCAUCAUACGAGAGCUUAGGGUUUCAAUCAGGAAUCAUUCAUCACAGCAACGCCGACAGAGAAGACGAGAGGACAAUCGAGUCAUUGCUAUGUUAGUUAUCAUCGUAACGAUUUUUGCAGUCUUUUUUGCUCCAAUUCACAUUCUCUAUUUUUUACAGAAUUUCGUUUUGAAUGCAACUAGUGACACCUGCAAAAUGUCAACCAUACAGUUCUCAUUUUUCUUCCUUACUUUAUCAACCUGUUGUGUUAACCCUUACAUUUACUUCAUUUUCCUUCGAAAAUAUCGCCACGGAGUUAAAACUUUGCUAAAGGAAUUUUUUGCCUCGAGAUUUAUGACCGUUUGCCCUGUUACUCGCGCUUCGAAAUGCUGUAUUCAGACGUGUCUGGAUGAUUUGGAGGAAGGUCUGCAGGCAACUAAUAAUGCCCGUCACAGGAACAGCAGUUCAUGCCGAGUUCGUCAUACAGAACACAUUAUACUGGCCUCAGAACAAGAAGAGACCAUUCAGUUUGAGACAGGAGUGUGAAAAGUAAUAAAAUCAAAACAAAUAGAACUAAAUAUUUAGAUGUGCAGUUUCCUGGAGCYGGCUUGCAUGUCGUAUUCAACUUGUUCGACACUGUCACUAGACCGCUAUAUACACACUACUUUCAAAUCAAAGACCCCAUAUUCAUCGCAGGAUGUGAGUGACUUAUGUACUUCAGUUUCAUAACUUACUUUUAUUCACUUUCUGAGUUGAAAUUUGCCGGCUACUGACGGAAGGGCAUGCAUUUCUAAACGAACGAUUGAAGCGUAAUGGGCUCGCAAGCUACAGAAAGGCCGGAAUCUACCUUACUUAGCAAACUCUUAUUUAUAUAUAUAUUUAUAUACUUUCGUUUUUAAAGCCGUGCAAAAGAAGAAGCAAAAAAGGAUGAACAAGCGGGAUGUAGGUGGUGCAAUAUACGACUCUGACAUCGUUGGUCGGAGCAACAAUUAAAAUAAAAAACAUUUUUAAAAAAAUUUGACAAUUA